AUGAUUCGUCCCCCGGGCCUCGAUCCCGAGAUCGAGCGGCUUUCACAGCGCAUCGUGGCCGCGUAUGCCGAUCUACCACCGGGCGCGACUGGCUCGCGCCUCCUCGUCGCCAUUGCUGGGCGCCCAGGAUCUGGCAAGAGUACCCUCGCUCACCCCCUUGUUGAACGCGUCAACGAGCUCGUUGGGCAGUCACCCGCGCCCGCCGUCUGUGUCGGCCUCGACGGGUGGCACUACUCACGUGCGCAGCUCGACGCGUCUUCUGACCCCGAGGACGCGCACUGGUGGCGAGGCGCAGCACACACCUUUGACAAGUCGGGAUACACGGCGUUUGUGCACGCGCUUCGGCAGCCGACGACCGCCGUAUCCACCCCCCUGCCAUUCCCGACAUUCGACCACUCGGUCAAGGAUCCCGCGCCGUCACCCUCACCGAUUGAGCCGUACCACCGCAUCGUCGUCAUCGAGGGCCUGUACACAUUGUACGAUGCGGAGGGGUGGCGCGAUGCCGCGGCUGCUAUGGAUCUGCGCGUGUGGGUCGAGGUCCCGCGCGACAUCUGCCUCCGUCGCACCCUCAAGCGUAAUCUCGCGGCGGGGAUUGUGGCAGAUGACGAGUCGGCCAGAAUUCGUGUCGAGGCUGUGGAUAUGGUUAAUGGUGAUACGAUUGCGGGUUGCCGUUUCCAACCAACGGACGUGAUUGCGCCAGCAGACUGCCCCAAGCUGGCAAUCGCAUAG